UAUUUUGUGUGUAACCAACAAAGGAAUAACCAGCAGGCACCACCAGAGGAGACAGUGCCGUUUCUUCUCCACAGACUUGGAAGAGCAGUACACACUGAUUAACAAAGGCUUCUUCAACAAAUCAAAAUUACUAUUCAGAAAAAAAGACGAUGUAUAUUUCUCAGAGAAAACGGCAAAAAACUUCUCGCAGAUUAACCGCUGAAAAAUCUGAUUUCUUCGAUGUUUUACCGGACGAUAUUGUCGUUUGCGUUCUCUCUAAGCUCAGUGCCGCCGCUUCUUGCCCGUCCGAUUUCAUCAACAUUUUAUUAACAUGCAAGAGAUUAAACCGGUUAGCUCUUCAUCCUCUAGUUUUAUCAAAAGCUGGACCUAAAGCGUUUGCUGUCAAAGCAAAAAACUGGUCUGAUUCCGCUCACCGGUUUUUCAAACACUGCGUAAACUCCGGCAACACAGAAGCGUCUUACACUCUUGGAAUGAUCCGAUUUUACUGCCUAGAAAAUAGAGGAAGUGGAACGUCCUUAAUGGCAAAAGCUGCUAUGAAAUCUCACGCGGCGGCUCUUUAUUCUCUCGCCAUUAUGCAGUUCAACGGCAGCGGCGGCUCUAAAACCGACAAAGAUCUCAGAGCAGGGGUAUCGUUAUGUGUUCGCGCCGCUGUUUUAGGCCACGUCGACGCUCUUAGAGAGUUAGGCCACUGUUUACAAGACGGUUACGGCGUUGCACAGAAUAUCCCCGAGGGACGGCGUUUAUUAGUACACUCGAACGCGAGGGAGCUGGCGUUCUCUCUCUGUUCUAUGCUGACGUGGCAGCCUAAUAAUAACCCACACCGACAAUAUGCAACGCGUGCGAUGACAGAGAGCGUGGAGUGUCCGUUAUUAAGUGAUUUUGGAUGUAAUGUGCCGGCUCGGGAGGUUCACCCAGCGAACCAGUUUCUGAAAGAAUGGUUCGAGUCGGGGCUCGGGGUGAUUGGGCCGGAUUUGAGAUUGUGCUCGCAUAGUGGAUGUGGCCGACCCGAGACCCGGCCCCAUGAGUUUAGACGGUGUUCGGUUUGUGGGUCCGUGAAUUAUUGCUCACGAGGAUGUCAAGCGUUGGAUUGGAAGGUGAGACAUAAGACGGAGUGUGUCCCGAUGGAGCAGUGGCGUGGCGCGGUGGAUGGCGGCGGUGGUGAUGAGAUUGGAGGAAUGGUGGAGAUUGAAGGGAAUGAAAAUGUGGCUAUGAUUCAUUGAAAAUGAUUAAUUUUAAAUCUUUUUAUGGUAAUGUUUUUAUUCAAAAUUAGUUUGGCCUGUACAUAUGCAUGAGAAAAGGUUUUGAAACAAAAUGUUAAUUAUAAAUUUUUUAUAUGUAUAUUAUGAAAUUACUUACAGUAGAAAUCAUUUAUGAGUA